CAGGAUGCACCCGUCCUUCCAGGACAUCAUGCAGAACCUUGACACGGUGAUUGGGUUUUUCAGUCAGCGUCUGGAGCAGGCUGGAAGUGACCUGUCUGUUGAAAGGGUUCAAGAAGUCAUCAUGAAAGGAGCCCAGGCUCUGCCAAAGGACAGGCUAAAGAAGUUUCCCGAACUCAAGUUUAAGUAUGUGGAGGAAGACCAACCGGAGGACUUCUUCAUCCCCUACGUCUGGUCCCUGGUCUUCAGCUCUGGAGUCGGCCUCUACUGGAACCCUCAUGGCAUCGAGCUGUUCAGCAUGGACUCUGGCUGAUAAAAACAAAAACAUGAAAGCAGUUUUUAUCCUUAUUUGGAUCAGAAUAAAAAGACUGAUGAUGGGUGGGGGGGGGACAUU